GAGCGAGAGAUCAGUUGAAUUUUUGCGACGGGGCGAAGCGUUCGUAUGCAUUUAGUCGGUCCCCAACGCGUGGGCAAAUGUUUGUCUAACUAACUGGCGAUUUCGAAUUCGAUUCCCCUCGCAGCUCGCCACGCCACACUAAUCCGGCUAACCGAGUGUCCGGCCCAGUCGUUGCCAAUCACCGCAUGGAAGCAGAGGAUAUCCGGACAACCACUGGCCACGUAAUCAAUCAUUUUAUGGACUAAUAGCCGCCAGACCCCCAAGUAACAUGCACAAGGCCAUUAAAAACAAAUCCAGGUUGCUGUGUGGGCUCAAAAACUCCAAGGCGGAUCUGACGACAGCGAAGUUUAUACUAUACUAUGGACCCACGGUAGCAGAUAGCGAUAUCUAUGACCUAACCGAUUUCCAAAGUCUGCUGGACGAUGAACACCUGGACAUGUGCAAGAAUACCGUGCUCUAUUUGCAUGGCUACCUCGAAGAUCCGGAUGUGGAGAGCAUUCACGUCAUAGCGGAGGCCUAUCUGGAACGUAAGGAUACCAAUCUGAUCGUUCUGGACUGGGGCGAGCUGGCCGAUGGCAACUACAUGUUCGAUGCCUUCCCCAACCUUAAGCAACUGGGUCCCGAGUUGGCCAAGGUCCUCAUCCAAAUGUUUGAACAUGGCCUGGACAUUGAGACGUUUCACCUUGUCGGUCACUCGAUGGGUGGCCAACUGGCUGGAGUUCUCGGCCGGGAGAUUAUCAAACGCACCAAAGGUGCUAUGAAGCUUAAAAGAAUUUCCGCCCUGGAUCCCGCCUUUCCGCUGUUCUAUCCGGGCGCCCACCUGUCCGCCAAUGAUGCGGAGUUUGUGGAUGUGAUACACACGGAUGCCUGGCUCUACGGUGCUCCCACGAGCACUGGGACGGCGGAUUUCUGGCCCAACGGAGGUGGUAGCCUGCAGCCGGGCUGUCCCAAACGGAACUACAAAAUGCUCAGCGACAACGAUCUGUCCAGCCAUCGGCGCAGCUGGUGGUUUUGGGCUGAGAGUGUCUCGGAUCGGUAUCCCAUCCGCUUCGAUGCUGUGCCCGCAAAGAAAUGGUCGGACUUUAAGCAAAACAAAAUUGGGGAGACAUGCACGCCAGUGGUGAUGGGUCAUCAUUGUCCGACGACAAUACAUGGCGACUUUUACUUACAAACCAACGGUCAAACACCAUUUGCGCGAGGCAAGGAGGGCGCUGUGUACGUUGACCCCAAGGAGCUGCUAGGGAAUACCCACAGUAUCACCUGUGACUGCCCUCCGCAGCAAAUAAAUUAAUAGACCAUUAAAAAUUUCACUUGUACAUUAUAAAAUGUAGUUACAUUUAUGUUGCCUCUUUAACGCUUUGCAUCACAUUUUGCUUUACGACAAAUAUAUACUUAAAUGUUGUUGUUGACCAAAAA